AUGAGCCUCCGCCUGCCUCUCUGGGGAGGCAAAUUCGCCACCAUCAUCAGCGCCUACGCUCCGCCGAUGACCUGUUCCGACGCCGUCAGAGACAAAUUCUACGAGGACCUGCAUGCACUCUUGGCGACUGUGUCGAAGGUUGACAAAAUGAUCGUCCUUGGUGACUUCAACGCCCGCGUCGGCACAGACCAUACUGCCUGGAGGGGAGUGCUGGGUCCUCACGGUCUCCGCGGCUCCAACGUCAACGGCCUGCUUCUCCUCCGCACCUGCGCAGAACACCGCCUCACCCUGACGAAUACCUUCUUCUGUCUGCCGGAGCGAGAGGAGGCCACCUGGAGGCAUCCUCGGUCGCGUCAGUGGCACCUACUGGACUAUGUCCUCGUUCGCAGGCGAGAUCAGCGGGACGUGCUGGUGACGAAGGCGAUCGCGGGUGCUGACGGGUGGACCGACCAUCGCCUCGUCAUCUCGAAGAUGCGUAUUCGCCUACAGCCUCGCAGGAGACCACAAGGUAAGCGACCCCCAGGUAAGCUGAAUGUUGCCUUGUUGUCUUUGCCUGCUCACCGUCUCCAUUUCAGUAAUCAGCUAGCCCAACGGCUAGACAACUUUCCUAUCGCUGCCGCCGCCGACGACGCCGCCGCCGCUGCCGAGAACACCUCCGUGGAAAACCGCUGGUGUCAACUGCGAGACACGGUCCAGUCGACGGCGCUCGCCGUCCUCGGUCGCGCUCCCCGCCAACACCAGGACUGGUUCGACGACAACGACGCCGCCAUCAGCAAUCUGCUUGCUGAGAAGAACCGCCUACACAAAGCCUACGUAGAUCACCCCACUGAGGACAACAAAGCUGCCUUCUACCGCAGUCGCCGACAGCUUCAGCAACGACUGCGCGAGAUGCAGGACGCCUGGACUGCUCGCAAAGCUGAGGAGAUCCAAGGCUACGCGGACCGCAACGAAUGGAAGAACUUCUUCUCCGCGAUCAAAUCUGUCUACGGUCCGCCGACGAAGGGCACUGCUCCUCUCCUCAGCGCCGACGGCAGUACUCUCCUGACUGAGAAGUCGCAAAUCCUACAGCGAUGGGCCGAGCAUUUCCAAGGCGUCGUUAACCGCCCCUCCGUCAUCUCCGAUGCCGCCAUCAAGCGUCUGACGCAAGUGGAGACCAACGUGGACCUCGACCUCCCGCCAUCUCUCCAGGUAACCAUCAGGGCCGUGCAGCAACUCUCCAGCGGGAAAGCACCCGGAUCGGACGCAAUCCCUGCUGAGGUCUACAAGCACGGAGGUCCCCUACUGAUGGAUCACCUGACUGCGCUCUUCCAGGAGAUGUGGCGUCAAGGUGAAGUCCCGCAAGAUUUCAAGGACGCAACUAUCGUGCAUCUCUACAAGCGCAAAGGGAAUCGCCAAGUCUGCGACAAUCACCGCGGCAUCUCCCUACUGAACAUCGCCGGGAAGAUCUUCGCUCGCAUCCUGCUCAACCGCCUCAAUAACCAUCUGGAACAGGGCCUUCUGCCGGAAAGCCAAUGCGGCUUCCGUCGUCAUCGUGGGACCACGGAUAUGAUCUUCGCAGCCCGUCAACUUCAGGAGAAGUGCCAGGAGAUGCGGACACAUCUGUACUCUACCUUCGUGGACCUGCCGAAUGCCUUCGACACGGUGAAUCGUGAAGGACUGUGGAAGGUCAUGCAGAAAUUCGGCUGUCCGGAGCGAUUCACUCAGAUGGUGCGUCAGCUGCACGACGGUAUGAUGGCGCGAGUCACGGACAACGGAGCUGUCUCAGAGGCGUUCGCAGUGACCAACGGAGUGAAGCAGGGCUGUGUGCUGGCGCCUACCCUCUUCAGUCUUAUGUUCUCUGCCAUGCUGAUGUACGCCUACCGCUACGAACGCCCUGGAAUCCGCAUCGCCUAUAGUACGGACGGUCAUUUGCUGAAUCACCGGCGCAUGAACUUCCAAUCGCGUGUUUCCACAGCCACCGUGCACGAACUCCUCAUCGCCGACGACUGCGCCCUGAACACCACCUCAGAAGAGGAGAUGCAACGGAGCAUGGACCUAUUCUCCGCCGCCUGCGAGAACUUUGGGCUGGUUAUCAACACGCAGAAUACAUUGUUGAUUCUCCAACCGCCACCCAACUCAGCCACAGCCCCCAACGCGCCGCCGCAAAUCAACGUGAAUGGGACUCAACUGCAAGUGGUAGAGAACUUCCCGUACCUGGGCAGCACGCUCUCCCGCAACACCAAGAUCGACGACGAAGUCGCCAACAGGAUCUCGAAAGCCAGUCAAGCCUUCGGUCGCCUCCAAAGCACAGUUUGGAAUCGCCAUGGUCUCCAACUGAGCACAGAGCUGAAGAUGUACAAGGCCGUCAUCCUGCCGACGUUAAUGUACGGAGCGGAGACCUGGACGGUGUACACGAGGCAGGCACGUCGACUAAACCACUUCCACCUCAGCUGUCUUCGCCGUAUCCUGAGGCUGAACUGGCAGGACCGCAUCCCCGACACGGAAGUGCUGGAACGAACGGGAAUCCUCAGCAUCUACGCCAUACUGAGACAAAUGCAGCUGGGUAAGUUGAUAGUUGGUAGCCGUGCCCCGAGACUCCCUAAUGGUACCUACUGGCUCGAUUUCAGUAGCUGUGAUUGCGUUCUCAUUAGGCUUCUAAAUUCACGUGCACGCUGUAUUGCCUGUAUCAGAUUCAUUUUAGAGGUGCUAUCCUGGGCAGAUUUUCACCGGUAACGAUCACAAUGAGGCUUAACCUAUGUCAACUUUCAUUAGAAUAGGUAGUUGGCUGCCGUGCCCACAGAAUCCACAAUUGUACCUACUGGCCUGAUUUCAGUAGCUAUGAUUACGUUCUCAUUAUGCUUCUAAAUUUACGCUGUAUUACCUGUACCAGAUUCAUUGUGGAGGUACCAUCCUGGGCGGAUUGGCACCGGUGAAGAUGACAAUGAGUCUUUCCCUACAUCAACUUUCAUAAGAAGAGGUAGCUUUCGACUGCCUCAUUCAUUGUAGAGGUACUAUCUUGGAUGGAUUGGCACCGGUAACGAUGACGAUGGGGCUUACCCUUUAUCUACUUUUAUUAGCAGAGGUAGCUUUCGACUGCCUCAUUAUUUGCGGAUUUUCUCUUCCGCCCAAACCAAUUUUUCGCAUAAAAGUCUUACCCGGCUUACGUUGUGGCGUCCCGCGUGCCGCUGCUUGACUCUCGUGUUCUUCUCUCCAUUAUGUUGGAUGGAGUUCUAUCGCACACACUGCGGAAUGACCUUCGGAACAGUUGCCUUCUUCCCAUUGGUUGUUCGCCAUCACUUGCUAUUUUUUCCAAUCUGAGGCUAGGAUGCAUUUAUUCCGCACACCGUUCAACGUCUCCUUGCUCAUUUCCACACUUUCCUUGUAUGUUUCACCUAAUCUAAAUUAGGCUUCCACUUUACCUGGAGCGUCAAUUCCUAGCAUAUACUAUAAUCGCCAUUUACCCGUCCACUCAACUGUCCCACCCGCAUGGCCCCUAUUACCACCGGUCCCGAUUAACAGGCAGCUGGGAGUUUGCAGUGUCAGGAGGGCUACCAAGUCUCAUCUAACCUGCAGCUGCGCUGGAGCGGCCACCUGGUGCGCAUGGACGACGAGCGACUACCCAAACGACUCUUCUACGGAGACGUCGCGACGGAUUCUCGUCGUCAAGGAGGCCAAAUUCGCCGUUACAAGGAUUCCUUGGAGUUUUCCCUGAAGCGCCUGCAAAUCAACCCGACCAACUGGGAAGAGCUCGCCCGCGAUCGUCCGACAUGGAGGAGAACAGUGAAGACGGGCGCUGCUAUCUACGAAGCCAACCGCAUCGCCGCCGCCAACGUGAAAAGCGAAGCCCGCAAAUCACAAUCUCGCCCAGUACACAACGCCGCCACACAAACGCUCCCAACGUGUCCUCGAUGUCAACGGACAUUCGGGUCUCGAAUCGGACUUUUUGGACAUCUUCGGAUCAACUGUGCCUCUCGAACUGCACCAACCAUCGCCCCCGCCCGCUUCUUCCUCUUCCUCCUCCUCUCCGCCGACGACAAACUCUGA